AUGGUAAUGCUACGGCACACCGGGACGGCGAUGUGCGUCACGGCCGUCGUGGUCGUAGCGCAGUUGUGGAUCGGACGAGUCGAUUCUUCGGCUCGGACGCCCAUCAAGUGGCUGAUAAACACGGGAAACUUAGCAGGCCGAUGGCCACCGCCAUUGUGGACCGGAAGAAACAGUUGCAACAAUAACACGGCGACGCCGAACGCCAUAAGCCGGAUGCAAAUGAUCCGCGGUGGCACGGCAGCUGUGCUGAUCAUGCCCACCGGGGACGGUGGCCGAAGGUGUUGCGCGGACGGCACGCUUGCACAGUUCUCACUGGGCCUGGUGUGCCUCAAGAACGGCAUCAAUAACCUGUAUCCGGUCGUGCAGCCGUUUCCGGAUUGGCGGACGUUCGUAGACGCGGACUCGCCGGAUCCGGAACCGGUGACGGAACAGGACCUGGAAACCACCGAAUCGGACGAAAUCGGUGGGCGCUGUUCCAAAAUUCCCACCGAUAACCGUUACAGUGACAACAGCGAUCGUCAGCGCAUCGUGAACGCCGUAGACGCGUUCCUGGACGAUCGGGGACGGAUACUCUGGGUUCUGGACACGGGUCGCGGGGGCGAAGACGCGUGCCAUGGCAACACGCCACCCAAUAGUGAUCGAUCAGCGUCCGAGGACGAUCAGCUGAUGCAACCAAAGUUUGUCGCUAUCGACGUGUAUACGAACCAGAUCAUCGACGUUGUAAGUCUGUCACGGGUGUGGCGACCUGGAGUGAGCUGUUUCCAAUACAUAGUGUCCAUUUACCUGGACUCCGAAGAAAAUGAUAGCAGUUGUACAUCAAACAGUGGUGGAAGUGAUGGAGCGAAUAAUUGCACCUUAGACUGGCCGCUAGUGGUAAUCGGCGAUGCUGGCACUAAUCGCGUGCUGGUGUACACGCACAGUAACGACAGAUUCGCUGAGAUCAUAUUACCACUGGAAGAAGAACACAAUGCGUAUCACGACGCCGACAAGAAAACCGGUACAAACGACCCAGAUGACGAUGGCGACAGCCAACCGGAUGUGAAAAAGCCGAAACCUCGUCGGCAUUCCCGAUGGCCGACGCCCCCGAUCCGAGAUAUACUCUACUUGGCCCCACUAUCCAUCAGACCGGGUCAACUCCGGCUGUUGAUCACUUACCACGGUUGCCGCGAAGUGUACAAGCUCCGUUUGGAACUUUCCACCUCCGAUCCGCUGUCUUACGAAGACAAUCCCGACACGACCCCAGUAUCGCUGUCACCGAUCAUUGGUACUCUAGCCGUUCUCGGCCGGAAACCGUGCCGAAUGGUCAUACUCGGCACGGACCGCCGGCAGACAGACGUCUCCGGCGAGAGUUUCGCGGGUGGAGGGACUACCGUUUACUUUCGAUUAGAAAAUACUAACGACAUAUGGUCGUGGAAAAUAUUUAGUGGAAAGAAAAAGCUGACCGGCCCGUUUUUGUACAUCGAUGAACGUGACUUCCGGUUGGUCCGGGUUGGCCAGACGUGUCGCGUCCCUGUCGCAAUUUCUGUUGCCCCAGCGGCUAUUGGGAACGGCGUCGACGAUGUGGACCAAAAUUCAGAAGACGUUGUUAAGACCACCUCACAAAAGCAAAUACGGCAAAUCGUGUGGAUGCUGGAGACAAACUUCGUCGAUCACUUUUCGGGUACUGCAGACCGGAUGGGCGCGAACGCCAAGCUACAGCCCAUCGAAGUGCCAUUGAACUACGACGACGCAAAUGCCGCCCGCCCAUUGAGUUUCAAAGACAUGAUGCAAACUUUACCACUGCGAAUUCAACCAGCCAAAGAUCUCCGUCUGCAGAAAAAUUUGAAAUGUGAACAACGACGACAUUCGUCGAAACGAUGUAGUAACACUGACAAAUGACGCCACGUGAGACAAUUAUUAAACGGGCCGUGUUUUUGCCCCGCGGUGCGAUGGUGGUUUUAGUUUCCUUUAUACCAGAUACUACCUAUAUUGAGCUAAAUCCUAAUUGACAAAUAGCAAACGCGAUGAACCUCAGUGUUCAAACAUUUUGUGUAUUGCAGACAUGCGGGCUGUAAACGUAUGUGUUAUUAUAAUAUAUUAGUUGGACGCAGUGACGAAUAUUUAAGACACAACUUAUCUCAAAGAUACUUACACGCAUC